UCUAUCACAAGUAACGCCGUGUUUGUAACCGAUUAGCAUAUAUCACCGUGGGUCCCUGCUCCCCCUACUGCACGCUUGAAGAAACCAAAUAAAUCCCUUGGGUCACAGCACAGGCGCAUAGCUCAUGGCUAUGGCGACGGCGGAGGCGGGAGACGGUGGAUUUGAGGGAAGUUCCUAUCAGAUCCGGUGGAUAGGUUUCCCCUGCCGGAUCUUGCCGGCAGCGAGUCCAUACCGGGCAACAAACCCACUCAAACUCUAGUCUGCACGCCCGCUGAGUCCAGCAUCGGUGAUGCGGGUGAUGCAGCGCUGACAGUACAACUAGAUGUAAACAGUACUUGCGAGGAUGCGAUCCUGUCGGCGCCGAAAUCAGAGCAAUCAACUGGCAAAGACGAUCCUCAGAAGCCUGGAUUGACCAGGAGACAUGGCAUGUAUUCAUGGAGUAGUAUUUAGGGACUCUAUCCAUUAUUUAGGGACGCUGUCUACAUAACAUAUUGUCUGUCAUAUGCUUGCAACAACAGGUAAACGAACUGAAACAUUUGCUCUUUUUGUUCAAAUGUUCACAGGGGGUCCCAAACAAAAGUAACACACGUUCCUACCGUUGCAAGUGUCCCAUAAUGAUAUAGUUACUCCGAUCAAAUGACAACGGCUGGUACAUAAGUGAGCACAGGCCAUCACACAACACUCACUGACAGACUACUGUAUUGAUUUUCCAUUCUUGUUAGCACACUCUUUGUGAUGUCCUCUCUUUUUCAGUAUACUAGUUCAAUAAAAUGAAUGUUGAGCUGCAUUUGCAGAUCAGUACAGGGCGAUGGAAGUAGCAAUAGAGAAAGUGAUGCCAGACACUGACUCACCGUUGAUGCUAGUGGCACGUGCAAUUGGUCAUUUCAUGGGGCUAAAAGCUCCAGAACGAAAACAAAAGCUUGGUCGACCAAUCACCAGCAAGAGAGUUAUUUGCCCAAAACCACCACAUUAUAAGCUAGGGUAACAGAUCAGUACCACAUUUGAGGCAGGGCACAAAAAACCACCAACAAUGGGGCUAAUGUAUAACACGGAGCACUGACGCUGCGUUUUAGCCCAGAAAACAGCGAAUCCGACAGGUGGGUCCCGCCUGUCGGGCUGACGUGGCAAAUACCAAGCACAGAAAAAAAACUUUGACUAGCUGAGGUGGCAGAUGAGCUGCGGGGCCCGCCUAUCAUUGACUACAUGAUCAUCUUCAUCCCAUCUCUAUUUCUAUGGAGCAUUCUGUCGAGCAGCUUGUGCGCGGCGAGCCAUCUCUGCCGAUGCAAGUCGAGAGCUCCAUGGGCAAGGCGAAGGGGAAGCAGCGGCAGGACGAGUACUACCACCUCGCCAAGGAGCAGGGCUACCGGAGCCACGCGGCCUUCAAGCUGCAGCAGCUCGACGACCGCUUCCGGUUCAUCCCGCCGGCGCGCGCCGUGCUCGACCUCUGCGCGGCGCCGGGGGGCUGGAUUCAGGUGGCCGUCGCCCGUGCCCCCGUCGGCGCCUUCGUCGUCGGCGUCAACCUCGUGCUCAUCCGCCCCGUCCGCGGCGCGCGUCGUGCUCGACCUCUGCGCGGCGCCGGGGGGCUGGAUGCAGGUGGCCGUCACCCGUGCCCCCGUCGGCUCCUUCGUCGUUGGCGUCGACCUCGUGCCCAUCCGCCCCGUCCGCGGCGUGUGCCGUGCUCGACCUCUGCGCGGCGCUGGGGCUGGAUGCAGGUGGCCGUCGCCCGUGCCCCCGCCGGCGCCUUCGUCGUCGGCGUCGACCUCGUGCCCAUCCGCCCCGUCCGCGGCGCGCACUCCCUCACGGAAGACAUCACCACCACCAAGUGCCGCUCCGCCGUGCGGAGGCUCAUGGACUCCAAGGGGGUCACCGCCUUCGACGUCGUGCUUCACGACAGCUCGCCCAACGUCGGCGGCGCGUGGGCGACGGCCACCUGCAUCCAGCCCCCCGGCGCGAGAAGAGAGGAGAGAGAGGAGAAAGAGACUAGUCAACCUGCCCACGUGGAAUUUUUUUUUGCCACAUCAUCUCGACAGGAAGGCCCCACCUGCGGUUUCGCUGUUUUCUGGGCUAAAACGCAGCGUCAGUGCUCCGCAUUACAGAUUAGCCCCAUUGUUGGUGGUUUUUUGUGCCCUGCCUCAAAUAUGGUACUGAUCUGUUACCCUAGCCCAUAAUGUAGUGGUUUUGGGUAAAUAACUCCCAGUAGGAGUAAACUUCCGUAUGUUGAUCGUGGUGCAAAAAGCAAGAAGUAAAGACCGACAACAAAUGCACAAGCUGAAAAUGGAUGCAGGACAAGUAAACAAACUCGCUUCUCCAGUAUAUGUCGAGAACCAGGGCACAAGAGCACCACAUGUCCACAAAGAGGUGAUCUUCCUCAAAAAGAAAGGAAAGACGCAAAAUACUCAAAACUGUGGCGUCGGUGGUCACAGAAAAAAACACCUGCAGCAAGCCUAGGGUUUUACUCCAUGUUGAAAAUGCUACCUUAGAGCCAAAUGCAAUUUGCGGGUGACUUCAUUUAGAUUCAGUGUUUUUGUUCUGUGUUGUUGAGGGCUUUGUAGCCAUUAACUUUAACCGCAAGACUCUCUGUUGUAAUAAUAACCGUCAGUGAAGAAGUACUACGUGUUGUUUGUGGUCA